AUGAACCUUGGAUCGAAAAGGCAAGGUCAGAUAUGGCAGGUUGUGACAGCACUUUUGAUAUUUAACCUUGCCACAGUAGAGAGCCAGAUUUCGUCGAGCGUCACAACAGCAACAACAAUGAUUACCUCGAGUGUCACAACAGCGUCUACUUCAGCAGGGUCUACAACUACAUCGAGCACGAACGCAGCCUCAUCUUCCACAGGGACAACGAGCACCACAGUGAGAGCUUCAACAAUAACAGCAUCUCCGUCAACAUCGGCCCCGACGUCAUCGAGCACUAACACAGCAUCUGCGUCAAUAGGCACUACUACCAUCUCAACAAUGACAGCGUCUACAGCUCCAUCAACAUCAGCCACCACGUCAUCGAGCACCAACGCAGCGUCUACGUCUGCAGGCGCAGCGAUCACCCCAACAGGGACAAUGUCCACAUCGCCGUCCACAGCGUCUCAGUCAACAUCGGUCACGACCGUCUCAGUCACCAUCGACCACAACGUUAUCGAGCACCAACACAGCGUCUACGUCUGCAGGCGCGACGACCACCUCAGCAGGAACAAUGUCCACAGCGUCUCAAGGCUCUGCGACGACAGGCACGAUGACCAUCUCAACGGGGACAUCGCUUUCCACAGCGUCUCAGUCAACAUCGGCCACGACGUCAAGAGCCAACACAGCGUCUACGUCUGCAGGCGCGGCGAUUAUUGCAACAGGGACAAUAUCCACAUCGCCGUCUACAACGUCUCAGUCAACAUCGGCCACGACGUCAUCAAGCACCAACGCGGCGUCUGCGUCAGCAGGCACGACGACCAUCUCAUCAGGGACAACGCCGUCCACAGCGUCUCGGUCAACAUCGGCCACGACGUCAUCGAGCACCAACGCGGCGUCUGCGUCAGCAGGCACGACGACCAUCUCAUCAGGGACAACGCCGUCCACAGCGUCUCGGUCAACAUCGGCCACGACGUCAUCGGGCACCAACGCGGCGUCUGCAUCAGCAGGCACGACGACCAUCUCAUCAGGGACAACGCCGUCCACAGCGUCUCGGUCGACAUCGGCCACGACGUCAUCGAGCACCAACGCGGCGUCUGCGUCAGCAGGCACGACGACCAUCUCAUCAGGGACAACGCCGUCCACAGCGUCUCGGUCGACAUCGGCCACGACGUCAUUGAGCACCAACGCGGCGUCUGCGUCAGCAGGCACGACGACCAUCUCAUCAGGGACAACGCCGUCCACAGCGUCUCGGUCGACAUCGGCCACGACGUCAUCGAGCACCAACGCGGCGUCUGCGUCAGCAGGCACGACGACCAUCUCAUCAGGGACAACGCCGUCCACAGCGUCUCGGUCGGCAUCGGCCACGACGUCAUCGAGCACCAACGCUGCGUCUGCGUCAGCAGGAACGACGACCAUCUCAUCAGGGACAAUGCCGUCCACAGCGUCUCGGUCGGCAUCGGCCACGACGUCAUCGAGCACCAACGCGGCGUCUGCGUCAGCAGGCACGACGACCAUCUCAUCAGGGACAACGCCGUCCACAGCGUCUCGGUCAACAUCGGCCACGACGUCAUCGAGCACCAACGCGGCGUCUGCGUCAGCUGGGCCACCAACUAUGGCACCUUCUUUUACUACUUCAUCUGCGCCCAGUUUGACAUCGCAAACAAGCAACUCUACGAUUCCUCUACCACAAUCGCAGCUGUAGUUGAUCCAAAUUUAGAUGUCGCUGUGGCCAGUUUAAGAAUGCUUUUAUCAUUUGAAAAACCUUUCGACUCUCAGCUUCAAAACCCAAACAGCCGACUCUAUAUCGCAACUCGAAAUUCUAUGACACAAGUAUUAACACAACAAUAUCUGAAUGUCACCGGUUUUAGAGGCGUCAAUAUCACUGGAUUUCAAAAUGGUUCAACAGUUGUAGAUUACACGGUGAAAAUAAACGGAAUAGACAUGAAGAAUGAUGCCAAUAAUAUCAUAAAUGGUAUCGCGAAAGCGACGGGAAACCUAAACAAUACCCCAACGGAUUUGGGGAGCGUGAAAGAUAUUACGCAAUACGUCAAUGCCUUCAGAAAUUCUACAGCUAAUCAGAAUUACAAUGAUCCCUGUAAUCCAACAUAUAGCAACCAAUGCCAUGAGAAUUACAUCUGUCGAGAUGAAAAAUGCUAUAGUUUAUGUCAACCAGGAAUUUGUCAAAAUGGAGGAUCCUGUCUUAUCCUUACGCAAAAGAAACCUUUUUGCGAGUGUGUUGAUGAAUGGGCAUACAUUUAUUCAGGCGAUUUUUGCCAAGAGAAGAAGGUCUCUUGGCAGCUAGUGGCUGCCAUUGCAGGUGGUAUUGGAUUGGCUGUAUUCAUUCUUUUCCUAGCUAUGAUUGGCUACUUCUGUUACCAACGGAAACGAAGCAAAUACGGGUAA